CUACACUUAUUCAUAGUACAUACACCGUUGUUCGCAAGAAGAGCAGUACACUGAGUCUGUCAAAUGUGUACAGAGUGUUUGGUGUGUGUAUAGCCUACUGAGUUGUCUAGAAGGACUGGCCAAAAUGAAAGUCCAAAUUAGGACAGCAAGUCCACAUGAGCAGGCUGAGGUGUGCCCUGCCCCCAAGGUGAAGUGCUAACCAUGCUGGGUGAAGCCCCCCCUACCACCAGUAGUCUCAACCUAAUGGCUUCUGACUCCUCCAACAUCGCUGUAGAGCCCAGUGACAUCGCGGACGGCCUUGGCAUCAGCAGGAAAAUGUCUGACGUGGUUGAGAGUCUGGACACCAGGGAGCUGGAUAUAGGAGACGGAGAAGACCCCGACUGUGACCCCACCACCCUGGGGGAAAGCCAUAUAGGUUUCAGUGCUGUUUAUAACACAGUGAGUUUUAAGGAGUCUGAAGCCAGGGUCUAUCUCUCCACGAUCCCCAUUACCGCUAGGAUUCUGGAGGUGGAGAGAUUCAAUACAGCCCAGGACCGGUUCAACAUCACUGCGCAGAGGAGCGUCAACAAGAGUCUUCCUGCUGUGUUUAAGAUUGAGCUAAGACAUGGAGAGUUCACUUGGGUGGUCAAGAGAAAGGAGAAACAUUUCAUGGAGCUCCACAGAGAACUGCUCCGCUACAAGAUGUUCAUGAUGGUGCCGCUACCCUCGCGCAGCCACACAACAAGAAGAAAAACAAUGAAAAACAGUGAAGCCAGAAAGAUGCCCGAGCUUCCCCGUGGUGGGGGUGAGUUGGUACGGGACGAACAGAUCUCCAGCAGGAGGAGACAGUUGGAAGAUUAUCUGAACAAGUUGUUGAGGAUGGCCAUGUACAGGAAAUACCACCACACUAUGGAGUUCAUAGAUGUCAGCCAGAUGUCCUUCAUCCAUGACCUGGGACCUAAAGGACUGGAAGGAAUGAUACACAAGCGGUCUGGAGGUCAUCGUAUCCCGGGCUUGAACUGCUGUGGUCACAGUGAAGCCUGCUACCGCUGGUCGAAACGCUGGUUAGUAGUGAAGGAUUCGUUCCUUCUCUACAUGAAACCAGACACAGGAGCCAUUUCCUUUGUUCUCCUGUUGGACAAAGAGUUCAGCAUCAAAAUGGAUUCCAAAGACACGGAGACCAAACAUGGAGUACGCAUCGAUAGCGUUUCCAGGACACUUGUACUGAAGUUAAACAGCUACAGACAUGCUCGCUGGUGGGGUCAGGCUAUAGAAAACUUUGUCCGUACGCACGGGAAAGCGUUCCUUCGAGACCAUCGAUUCGAUUCCUUUGCUCAGGAGGAGGAUAACAUCCCUGCCAAAUGGUACGUGAAUGGAAAGAACUACAUGGAAGAUGUGGCUGAUGCCCUGGAGGAGGCCAAAGAAGAGAUCUUCAUCACUGACUGGUGGUUGAGUCCAGAGAUUUUCCUGAAGAGGCCAGUGGUGGAGGGAAAUAAGUGGAGACUGGACUGCAUCCUCAGACGCAAAGCACAACAGGGGGUGCGUAUCUUUGUGAUGCUGUACAAGGAGGUGGAGCUAGCUCUAGGCAUUAACAGUGAAUACAGCAAGAGAACACUGAUGCACCUACACCCUAACAUUAAGGUGAUGCGUCACCCGGACCACGUGUCCUCGUCUGUAUACCUGUGGGCGCAUCACGAAAAGGUCAUUGUCAUCGACCAAUCAGUGGCCUUUGUUGGUGGGAUUGACCUGGCGUACGGUCGCUGGGAUGACCGAGAGCAUCGACUGACAGACGUGGGAAGUGUGACGCGUUCCGUAACCCUACAGAUGGAACAGAGCUCCGACCACCAACCCUCCACUAGGGGCGUAUCCUCUCUGGGGGCAGCUGCCAAUAGCAACGGAGGCAACCAAUCAUUGCCUGGCGACCCAUUGGUGGAUCUACCACGGCUGAAGGGGAUUGGUCGAACCAGGAGGAUGCAUUUCUCCCUGGUCAAACACAUCCAUAAACACACUCUGCAGCAUGCAGACAGUAUCAGCUCCAUCGACAGUGUCGGCAACAGUUCAGUACAGAGCCUCCAGACAGGUGUUGGAGAGCUGUUGGGUAACACCAGGUUUUGGCAUGGUAAAGACUACUGCAACUUUGUCUACAAGGACUGGAUCCAGCUGGAGAAACCAUUUGAUGACUUCAUUGACAGGUACACCACUCCCAGGAUGCCCUGGCAUGACAUCUCCUCUGUGGUCCAUGGGAAGGCUGCCAGGGACGUGGCCAGGCACUUCAUACAGCGCUGGAACUUCUGUAAGAUAAUGAAGCCUAAGUAUCGUUCACUAUCCUACCCGUACCUCCUGCCAAAGUCCCACAGCACAGCCGGGGAACUGAGGUACCAGGUGCCUGACUGUAUUUCCACUAAAGCACAGGUGUUGCGGUCAGCCGCUGACUGGUCAGCAGGUAUUAAACACCAUGAGAAGUCCAUCCACAAUGCCUACAUUCAGACCAUCGCCAAGAGCAAACACUACAUCUACAUAGAGAACCAGUUUUUCAUCAGUUGUGCUGACAACAGGACAGUACAUAACAAGAUUGGUGACGCAAUCAUCGAGAGAAUCCUCAGAGCUCACAAGGAAGGGAAUAAAUUCCGUGUGUACGUGGUGACUCCACUACUUCCUGGAUUUGAAGGUGACAUCACAACAGGAGGAGGAAAUGCCCUCCAGGCUGUCAUGCACUUUAAUUAUAGGACCAUGAGCAGAGGAGAAUACUCCAUCAUCUCUCAGCUGAAGAAGGAAAUGGAUGAGCUCCAGUGGAUGAAUUACAUCUCGUUCUGUGGUCUGAGGACCCACGCUGAACUCGAAGGACGCCUGGUCACAGAGCUCAUCUACGUCCACAGCAAGAUGCUCAUUGUAGACGACAACAUCGUCAUCAUAGGUUCGGCCAACAUAAACGACCGCAGCAUGUUGGGGAAGCGCGACAGCGAGGUGGCGGUGAUCAUUGAAGACUCUGAGACUUCCACUGCGGUGAUGGAUGGUCAAGAGUACCAGGCUGGAUGUUUCGCCAGGACACUACGUCUAGAGUGCUUUAGGACUAUCCUCGGAGCUCAUACGGACUUGACCAUAGAUGUGUCUGAUCCUGUCUCGGACCGCUUCUAUAAGGAAGUCUGGAUGACCACCGCGGCACGGAACGCCACCAUUUACGAGAAGGUGUUCCGGUGCCUACCGUCCUCCCUGGUUCGUAACAUGGCUGAGUUAGAGAGUUACCAAACCACAGCAGGCUUGGCCCAGUCUGACCCAGAUAAAGCUAGGGAGGAGCUCAAAAGGAUCAGAGGCUUCCUGGUUCAAUUCCCUCUGGACUUUCUAUCAGAACAGAACCUAAUGCCUUCUGUUGGGACCAAGGAAGGCAUGGUACCUACUGAAAUCUGGACAUAGAAGGCUAGGCACUCCAGGGGUUACCAAUAGGUUGUUUGGCAAUGACUUGCACCCAUUAAUGAGUAGCUUGCCAGAAAACUCUGAAGGUGCAUCCAAAUUCCAUGUUCUAACGCAAACUGCCAAUAUCAGACACUUCAGGCUACUACUUAAUCAACGCCUUUACAUUCUCAACACCAUUUAAGCCAUUACACUUUAGUCAAACCCAUUAUCAAAACUGCCAAGUUGACUUACCUGGAUGAAGUAAUAUAUCGUGAGAAGGUUUCUAGUAUAUACUUGCCCAAAAGGUUGGAGAGCUCUGAAAAGUCACAUACAAACACCUGCACUUAAAUGGUGGAUCUGAAGAAGUUUGGUCACCCAGCUGAUAGCUGACGAAUCAAACCACAAAGAUGCUAACUUGCUUGUCAUAUCCACAACUAAGCCAAUGAGAGCUAGCCAUGUGGACUGAUCAGGAAGUUAAGGUUUCUCACCUCUAUUUAGGAGGACAGAGCAAUACAGGAUGUUCUGAUAUAAAAACAUUAAAAAGAAAAAAAUGAUCCAUGAUACAACAGGAACAGUAUGGACCAUUUCAUAUUCAUAUUUGCAAAAUGUUUUACUAGACGGAACACAGAUGAAAAAUGUGUGAUGAAAAUGAGGACAUUAGUUCCACUAAAACUUAUUUUAGAAAUAUGUUUUCUCCUGUUUCCUGCUUGAACAUGACCCUGUACACUCACAUAGAUGGUUUACCAGUGUAUUACUGUGUGUUGUUAGCAUGUUGUUAUAUUGAUGUAUGCUGACACCAUUUUUACAGUUCCUAUAAAUAUACCUAUCUGCAGAAAAAGGUGUUGUCUUUAAAAAUUCAAAAUGUAAAUAUUUAUAACCUAAAUAUUGUACUGUAAAUUGUCUUUGUAAAAUGAGAGUUAUGAACUAAUCACAAAGUAAUUAUUGAAUGGAAAUAAUACCAUGAUAAACACUCAUUGAAUGUACAGUUCUUACAACUCACGUUUUUUUGCCUUGUAAGUAUAUAAACUGUUCUAUCAGGCCUUUUAAUUAUUUAUGAUACCUACUAUAGAUUUAAUGAAUCAUCAUGUCAUCUGACAGGAUAUUUCUACAUACAUUUUCUAUAUACAGUGAAUUUGACACAAUCCAAACAAAAUGUUUGUUUGGCUCUGUAUUUCAUCAUGUUGGAUUAAAAAUUAUUC